AUCGAAAGUACACCCCCAAACAUAAAAGUCAAACAGAAAUGUCGUCCCUGAAUCCUUGCGUCCUAGCCGCACCAACUCUGCGGUUCUCUGUAUCGAACCAGAAACACCUAAAAGCAGCUCUCAUCCCGAUGACCGUACCCAGACACCGGUUGGUGAAUUGAGCAGAUGUACGAAUUGUCCUUCUGCCUGAACGAUACAACCGUGGUCAUGUUUCUACGCCCUGAGAACGGUCGCGCAUGGAAGAUGAAGAUUGUCUGUGGUUCCACCGCAACCUAAGGGAACAGUCAUUCCGGAGAAGGUACCCGGGCUUCGUAGUACCUGCGAUCAUCGUAUCCAAGCUACUCUCAGAUCCAUCCCAGACACCACAUCUUCCACAGAAAACUAUUUUUCUGCACUGUCGCGACCGCGCUCUACAAUCCUGUAGGCAACAAUGGCAUCCGUACCUAACUCCUCACUCGGGGUCUCAUCGUCACGGCUUGCACUCAUCGACGGAUUCCCACCAACCACUUACAAAGGCGUGAAAGACCUGAACAAGCUCAUCGAUGUGUCACCCCAACAAUUCAACCAUAUUGUGGAGCGGGAGGAAGGACUGAGCAGCCACGUUCGCCUGAAUUACUUCCGCGAUAUCGAAACCUUGAUCGUCAGAAUCCCCGCACGAGAGACUGAAACGGCCCACCUCAGCUUCAGUAACAUCGUCGUAUGUGCCUCGUACAAGAUGGGCCUGGGUCGCAAAGAGUCCUGCCCCCUUGGUGCCACAACAUUCUUGGGGCCUACGGGUUCGGCAAAGGAAGCCGACUCUUCAUUCACGAACUUACGCAGCCGACCAUCACGCCAAUGGCCAAUCUGGGUUAUUGGAGCGGCAAUACGAUCCUCGGACUCGAUGCUGCGACUCCGAGCCGCUGCCGCGUGGUGGGCUGCCCACUCUGCUGGCGAAGUGAAGCUUUUUCUUCUCAUUGAGGUCAACCGGGAGACCAAGGAGGUCAUAGUCGAGCAGCAUGUGCCCAUGCGGUGGGACUACCAUAACACGCGUUUGCACUCGCGCAGUGGUGCUGGCCCAGUGUGAAAGGCCAGCAGAGUGUUGACAGUUACGAUCCGGACUCAAGGAAUUGACUCUCCCACAAUACAAGGAAGACCACCUGUUCUGGAGUUUGAAAGUGUUUUUGGAAGGGCACGAAAUCCGCCGCUCGAAAAGGACAUCGUGCUAUCAGAGAAAGAACUCUUGGAAUGGGCGGCGCUCUUCCGCGACUGAACAAGAGCAUGAUAUCACGACUGAUGAUAUUGAAGAUUGCGAAACAGCAUUGAUCACUUCUCCAGGGAUACUCUGUGGAUUCGGGUGGGAUUCCGAGAUGUGAUUUGAACUUGUUUUUUAAGCUCGUUCGGGCCUUUAGGGUGUCGGGAUAGUUUUAGAGAAG